AUGGGGCCUGAAGUGGAUUGGCAGUUUCAAACCACGCCGCAGGUAAGUCUGCCCAAGCGUCGCGUGUCACACCGGACGAUCAUACAGCUGCUAAUGUUUGCUAUCUUAGGCGACCGAGUCAUCAAGGAAACGCUGGGCAAGCUGCUUGGUGGCUCAUCCGGCAUCAACGGCCAGGCCUUUGUAGCACCUACGAAGGCGGGAAUUGAUGGCUGGGCAAAGCUGGGCGCCACCAGUUGGACCUGGGAAACUCUGUUCCCAUACUAUAAAAAUGCCUUCGCGCUACAGCUUCCAGAUGAAGCCACCCGUGACCAUAUCGGGAUAACCUGGCGACCGAUCGUCCGUACUAUCACAGAUGCAGUCGCUCAUCGAAUAAUUCUUUCCCAAGGAGAGUCCAGGGCAACGGCCACCGGGGUGGAAGCGAAUGUCCAAGGGCAAACGAUCGUCAUUAAAGCCAAGAAGGAGGUUAUCCUUACUGCCGGCGCGCUCAACACUCCGAAGCUGCUCGAGCUGUCUGGCAUCGGAAACAGAGCCAUUCCCGACCAGUUCAAUACCCCUGUAGUGAUCGACAACCCUAAUAUCGGUGAGAAUCUCCAGGAUCAUCUCAUGAGUGGGAUCAGCUUUGAGACUGUGAUGCAACUCUACGCAGAGCACAAAGCAGGGCCUAUGACCAUAGGAGGAGUGCAAUCCUGUGCCUACAUGCCUAUGAUUGACUAUCGUGGGCAACAGGAAGCUAAGCGGGCCCAUCUCGAUAGUUUCCUCGCCCACCCAGACGAUCGGGAGAAAGUGAUUCGAGACAUUUAUGCGGAGCGGGAUACACCUACCUGCUCGAUGUUUAUGUUCCUUGCUCAGGCGAACCUUCAUCAAACCGGGAAGAGCUUCGUUGGCCAGGAGCUUCUGCCUGGAAACUUUCUGAGCCUGGGCCUCUCCCAAAGUCUUCCUUUCUCUCGCGGAACAGUGCACAUUGUCUCUUUGGACCCAAAUGAGCCCCCAAUAAUCGAUCCUCGCUACUUCUCAAACCCAUUAGACUUGGAUAUUAUGGCCCCAAAAAAGUAUCUCCGCGAUACAGCCACUACUAGCUGCCAUUCCAGUGGUACAGCGGCUAUGCUUCCUCGGGAGAAAGGAGGGGUGGUAGAUAAGAAUUUGCGUGUCUAUGGCACCACGAACCUGCGUGUCUGUGACGCCAGUAUCUUUCCUCUGAUUCCUGCAGCGAACAUCAUGUCUACGGUGUAUGCUGUGGCAGAGAGAGCAGCGGAUAUCAUCAGAACCGAUGCGUAA